UUGAAGGUGGCUAGCCAAGUUCGUCGAAGAUCGAUCCUCUUGAAGAUGCAGAAACUGUUUAGACUACUAGCUGUGUUGGCUGGGCUCGGCUGUGCUGCAGCUCAGACCAUCUCCGUGGAGCUGAGUUUCUCAUCAGACGCGAUCGUGGUGGGAGGCUUCACACAUGGAACCUGCUCCUUUUCCACCACCGCUGCUGGACAGACGGUGAGCGCCGUCUCUUGGACCCACAACGGCGCUGAGCUGCGGAGCGGCAACGGAAUCACUAUCAUGACUCCGGACUUCGGCGGACUAGCGGAAGGAGAGAGCAGGCUGGACAUAGACAGCGCGGCUGAGAGCGACGCCGGCGACUACACCUGCAUAGUAGAGUUCUCAAACCCUUCCCAAUCCAGGCCGGCGGACGUCGUUCAGGUCACAGUCGCCAGUGAGCUGGUGGUGGAGGCAGAGCCAGAACAAACUGCAGUGGAGGGAGAGCCAGCCGUGCUCCUAUGCAACGUGUCCUCCAACCCUCCUCCCCGCAUCAGGUGGGAGGAUAUCGAGGAUGGGAGCGAGAGGAUUCAGGAGCCGGGUGACGAGGAUUUCGGAGUCUACAAAGUAUCUGAUGCAGUGACUACUAGCGAUGCUGGUACCUACCGCUGUACAGGACAGUACAGCUUUGGUGUGGAGCGCCAGGAAAUAGAGCUGGUUGUUUUGACUGUCCCAGUCAUAACCACAGAGGAGGAGGAGGUGACUGUUGUCUACACUAAUCCCCUCCACCUCAGCUGCAAUGCCACUGGAAUCAAGGAACCCACAUACAAAUGGUUGUUUGAAGGUGUGGAGGUGGUGGGUGAUGGAGGGAGGGUGGAGGUCGACAGAGAAGAGGGAAGUCUGAAGAUUGGAGAUCCGACGUACGACGACACGGGAGACUACACCUGUGUGGCAGAGACUGGAGCCGGAACGGACAAUAUCACACACACUGUCGCCGUGGAAGGGCUGCCAGAGAUCCAGCUGCCACCGGGAGACGACGUGGAGGUGGCAGUGGCUGACAACUCCACCGUUGAGAUCAAGUGUCCAUUCCGCUCACUCCCCGCCCCCUCCGUAACCUGGUUCAAAGUUCAGUCGGACGGGAAGAACGAGGAGAUCAACUCCCUGGCAGGAGGAUUCACGUAUGACACUGGACCAUGGCUGGCUCUGACUGUUUAA